GAUGAAAACAAAACAAACCUAACCCUAAAAAUUCAAAACUAAACAAUGGAUUUUUGGUAUUAUUUUCAGCUGCAAAAAGAGAAGUUGAAAAAUGUUCCUAGUUCAAAAAUAACUGAACUAAUCGACGAUGAAGGAAGAAUUGUUUCAGAUUGUGAAUUCUUCGAGUCUUUUCGAGAACAUUUACCGUUCACGCCAGAAGAAUUUUGGCAAUCAGCUGUUCAUAGUAUUAAGGAAUGUAGGAAAGAUGAAAACAUCCAAAUAAAUGAUUCAAUGAAACAAUAUAUUUUAAUCCUAAUAAGCUUUUAUACUGACAAAAAUUUCAAAUUAGAUAAUUCAGAAAGCGCAUCUCUAUUAGCUGGUGAAUUUUAUUUUCACCUCUUGAACUUGAUUGGAUCGAAAUGUUUUGAAGGCUAUAUAUACCAAAAUGUGCUUAUUUGUCUCUCUACAGAAUUUGAGCAUAAUCGUCGAAAUAUCCAAUGUCACUUAGUCUUAAAAGCCAUGAGGCAGUUUUUCAAAAAUGAAAUAUUGCCAAAUACGCAUUUGCAAACAACAUUAUUCCAGCUAUGUCAUAUGAUAGAAAAUAAAAGUGAUAAGGUAUAUUCAGAAUAUUCAAAAGAUGAUAGUGUUGAUGCAACUCAUGAGGCUUUCUAUUGUAUUAAAACUUUGUCAACUAUAAACUGGCCAUCUAAAUCACAAUUCAUGGUGAAUUAUGCUCUUCUUCAUGGGAUGAUAUCUGAUCAUCAUUCUGAACAACUGAAGAAAAACUUCAGAAAUUUAAUUAUGGAUCUCAAAUCCACCCUCAGGAGAGAAAAUUUCAGCAAUUUCCAAAACGUUUUUUUAUAUAUUGUAGUAAAAUCCAAAAUAUUUGAUGCAUUGGAAGCUAACAAGAUAAUGCUCAUAUUGGGUGAACAGUUUUUCAAAGAAACAAUUUUCAAAUUGACAACGAUGGGAGUAUCAAAAAACGUAACAAAUAAAAACAAUAUUUUGAGGCUUUUCGCUGUACUUCUUGAACAUUUGCCAACAAGUUAUUAUGAACAGUCCAAAUUGGAGGUCUUCAUACAAACAGUAUUCAAUAUUUUGGUAAUGAAUUGUAUCAACAACGAUGAAGCAAUUUCCUUGGUUUCUAAAAUUUGUCUUGUCAACAAGCCAUUCAUCAAAAAACAAUUUGAGGUCUUACUCAGCAGUCCAACUGAAUAUGUUUACGUAGAAAAUAGCCUACCAACUUUCUGUAUGAAGUUCAACAUACACUGGGUGAACAGAGUGAGAAAUAGAAAUAUAGUACUCAUAAUUUUGAGAAUAUUGAGUAUUACUUAUAGCAACAACUCCGAUAAGGAUUACGCAGGUAUACUUGCAAUGCUGGCCAACGAAGCGGAUCCUAGCGAUAUGAAAAUGUCUAUUCCAAUUUUGCUUAAUUUAUAUACAAAGUCAAAAAGUGAAAUGUCUAAACAUGUUAGCGACAAGGUCAUAGAAAUCAUGUACAAUAUGGCAAUUCACAAUUCGUCUGGCUCAAGUGAUUUUGUAAAGACUCUUUUUCAACUCGCUGUAGAGCCAACAGAAGAAAUUCUUCCGUUUAAGACUGAGUAUAUAAGUAGUCUUACCACACAUAUUCUAAAUGAUAACAAGAUAUUCAUCACCAAAGCCUAUGAAUUGAAGUUAUUAGAAUCCAAUAACAUAAAAAGACUGAUAAAUGAAAUAAUUAGGGGGGAUUACGAUUGCCUAAAGUUAACUUGUGCAGUCUUGGAGAAAUCUCAGAAUCCACAGGGGGAACAGCUCAUUUACCAUAUAAUGGCUAAAUCUUCUUUGCUGUCUGAAGCGAAAUAUACCGGUGAUUUACUAUUCAUCGUCAAUUGUGGCCUUAAGUAUUUCAUCACAUACAAAAGGAACAUAAAUUUGACGACUACUCAACACACCAAUCUUAAGGAGUUCAAAAAACUGCUUUGGGAUCGUAUUCAAAAAUUCACUCUUCCUUACAAUUCUGUUGGUGUGGGAUUCGACGUGUUAAGAUCUUUAUCGGAGUUGUUGAAGGAAAGCCUUGAUUUUCAAGUGUUUUUUCAGUCUGUCAAUUCGGAGUUGAAAGCUGCUCUACUGAAACUACCCGAGGAAUGUAAUGUGGUACCUAUAAUGUAUUCCGUUGAAUUGAUUUCCGAUAAAAAUUAUAUAAUUCCUGAAGAUACAAUUGACGUUUUGCAAACAGCAAUAGAGAAAAUAUCCGAAGCAUCUAAAAGUCAAGAGAAUUCUGCAAAUACUAAACAUAAGGUUUAUUAUUAUUGCUGCCUUACGUUUAUGGUUAGGAUGGCUAUGAGUCACUCGAAAAUGGGUAAUAAAGUAAUGGGCCUUUUAAAGUCUUCUCUGGAUUCAGAAGACUGGGACUUUAAAAUGAACGUCAUGGAUUUGAUGUAUGACUUGUGUACUUAUGUUGUUCAUAACUUCGAAGAGUUUUUACAAUAUUCAUUUCAAGAUCUCAAAUCUCUGAAUCCCGCUGUCAAAAAACAGGCAGCGGUACAUAUUGAGCAUUUUGUACGAUUAGAUUACUUGAAAUUGACCAUACAACAGUAUUGCAAAUUCAUAAGUCUGCUUGGCGAUCCCGUCAUUGAGAAGGGCCUACAAAACCUUCUUUUGAAUUUCGUCCUAAUCAAUCAGACAGUCGUGGAGAAAUAUUUUUUGCCACUUAUAAUGCACGUCAAUUUUUAUUCAGUUCAUCCUGUAUGUCCAAUGAGUCCUCAGUAUAUGCAGGACAUGAAUUGCUUGAUAAGUGCUAACUUUAACAAAUGGAAAGUUUUCUCUACCUUGUUCAGGUCUUUACCUCAACGAUCCCAAUUUCUUAUUCUAACAGAGAUCUGCAACACGUUUUUUGACCAAUUUAUUCAAGGCGAAAUGAAAAUUGAAGAUGGUAUUUGGAAUGUCUUGAGAGACGCAAUAUCUUUGUUCAAAAUCAUGGCAUACAGUUCUCUUGAUAAUGUGAAAUAUGAGGUAUUUUACGAUAAAAGAAUUAGCGAAAUCAAGAAAUAUUUGAUUGAAAAGAAAAAUCUUCCAUCAGAUACCUCAUCAAAAUACCCAGAGGCGAAAGAUACGGUUGAGAAAAUAACUUAUAAGCUUUUACACCUUUUGUUCUACACAGAAAAUGAGCAGAUUCUGAAAAAUUAUAAAUUGAAAUUAUUCGAAGCCAUUAUGUUUUGGACCUAUGAUCUACUUCCUGACAUUGCUGGAAUCUGCAAUUUGAGAAAGGAUAAUGUUUCAGAAAAAAUAUCGAAUUAUUACAUGAAAUUGGUAUCGUUCUACAAAAAUCACAAGCAGUGUUUGAAUAUAUACGAGUAUAUCUCAGAAUAUAACGAAGCGAAUCACCAUUCAGGGUGAUUCAAUAUAGGCAAAAAACCUUUGUACAUAAGUUGAAAUUGAAGUUUUAUAUUUCCGACUGAAUAAAAUCUAA